AUGCGUCAAGCUUUCCAGCAUACAUACAGUCCAGGCUAUAAACGAAGCCCAAAACGUCUGGGUGACUAUAAAGAAUUCCAGUCUUUCCUGGAUAUAAAACCCCACAAACUUCUACACACAGCUCAAACAAGAUGGCUGUCUCUACUUCCUGCGGUCAAACGGCUUUUAGAACAGCUUCCAGCUUUAAAGUUAUACUUCCAAAAUGCUGUUUUGAAUGACAAGCUACUUGCAGCUCAGAUCAUCCAUGUGAAGUGGAUGGAUCCUUCAACAGAGCUAUACUUAAAUUUUUUGAAUUAUGUGUUGCUCUAUUUCCAUGACAUUAAUAAAGAAAUGCAAUCAGAAAGUCCUAAACUUUAUUUGUUAUAUGAACGGAUUUUUACAACAUACAAAACUAUCUUGGAAUGUUUUAUUAAACCAGAAUUAUUGCAGCUGACUGAAGAUGAAAAAAACAGUAGAAAGGAUCUUAACUUGGAUUUAGAGAACAAAAUUUUGAAUUUAGAAUAUGAAAAUAAACAACACCAUGUAUCAAUUGAAGAAAUAUACCUUGGUGGCAAUGUUAUUUCCCUCUUAUUGAAACAAUACUUAGGAAUGAAAUGGAAAUAG